AUGAAAUUUCAGUUCCCUACCAUUCAUGUCGAGCAGUCCAAGUCAGCCUUUGCGGAGGGCAAUACGAGAUGGACAAAUCAUGACCUAGACCCCAUCCCUCCCCAUUUGCGGAAAUGGGGGGUGUUGAGCUUCGUUGCAUACUGGAUCUCCGAUGGUUUUGUUGUGGCAACUUGGCAAUUUGCCAGCGGUGUCAUCGCUGUCGGGCUAUCGUGGAGGGAGUCGUUGAUUAUAUCUGCAGUUGGAUAUUUCAUCAUAUCUAUCGUGAUUGCAUUAAAUGGAGCAACGGGGGUACUUUAUCAUAGCCCAUUCCCCGUUAUCGCCCGGGCCAGUUGGGGGUUUUGGGGGUCGUACAUCGCCAUCGUUUCCCGGCUUAUCCUCGCCCUGUUCUGGUUUUCUAUCAACAAUAUGAAUGGAGCAAAUGCAGUGCGAAUCAUGAUUGGCAGCAUUUGGCCUAGCUUUUUGACAUUGAGGAAUACCAUCCCAGAGGAACAAGGCAUUACCACAAACGGAAUGAUCAGUUAUCUCCUGUUCUUCAUUUUGCAGUUCCCUUUCCUCUGCAUCCACCCCAACAAACUUCGGUGGCUCUUUAUGGCCAAAUCCACGAUUGUACCGGUGUCAUGGAUAGCAAUGCUCGUGUGGGCGUUUCGAACUACGGACGCUGGAAAAUUGUUCCAAGGCAACGCAUCUCUAAGGGGAUCUGAAUAUAGCUGGACGUUUCUAGCUAGUCUAACCUCAGCCAUCGGAAGCUACGCAACCCUCAGCGUUAAUCAAGCCGAUUUCUCUCGAUACUCACGAGUGAGUGUUAUGUGGCAGCUGAUAUAUGUCCCCCUGUUGCCAGCCGUUUUCACGUUUGUUUCAUUCAUUGGAAUUGUUGUAUCAUCCGCUGGCCAGGCCAGGUAUGGCGGAGAAAUUCCCUGGGACCCGAAUACCCUGAUUUCGCUUUGGGACAAUCGAACCUGCCAGUUUUUCGCCGGGUUCUCGCUGGCGUUGGCUGCCGUUGGAGCUAACAUUUCAGCAAAUUCUUUGUCUGCCGCAAAUGAUUUGAUGGCCCUUGCGCCUCAAUACAUUAACAUCCGCCGUGGCCAGUUGCUAUGUGGGCUCUUAUCCUGGUUUUUAAUGCCCUGGAAGAUUCUUAAAUCCGCACAAGUGUUUUUGAAUUUCAUGUCUGCUUAA